GCCUACGUUGUAGGCAGCAUGGUCUAUGGUAUAAUUUGAGUUAAAAAUACAUGCACAAUAAGGAUGUUGUCUGUGUCAACGAACUAAAGGCCAACAGUUCUGAAGCCUGCGGAAAAAAAUGGCAGAGGAAGUCGAAAAGAGCCGAGGGCUGAAGUUCGCAGAGCAGCAGCUUCUUCGCCACGGUUGGGAACAAGGGAAAGGCCUUGGCAGGGAAGAGAAUGGAAUCUCGGAGGCCAUCAAGGUCAAAGUGAAAUGUGAUAAAGGCGGGGUUGGUCACAAUCAAGGUGAGCAGUUCACCUUCCACUGGUGGGAUCACAUCUUCAAUAAAGCUUCUGCUAACCUGGUUGUGGAGUCUGGCCAGGAUGGUGUGAAGGUGAAGCAAGUGGCAGGAGAGGGAGAGGAGGGGAUGAUCUCCAACAAGAAGCCCCGUAAGGCAGAACUGGCCAAGGCCAAGCUUUAUGGGCGCUUUAUCAAGUCAGCCACCCUUUGGUCAGGAGAGGAGCAGUCAAAGAAGCAGCUGUCUACCUCAGAGGACAGCAGUGGAUCAGAGGAUGAGGACAAGAGACUGGACCUCUCUUCCACAACCAAGUUAUCGGACAACGAUCUCAUGAAAGCAUGCGGAGGUCGAACUGCCCACAAAGGAGCAAGGCACGGCUUGACUAUGAGUGCCAAGCUGGCUAGGCUGGAGCAACAGGAGCAGGAGUUUCUCACAAAGUAUGGCAGGAAGAAUCAACCAACGGAGACCCUCAGCAGAGAGAUGGUCUCCAACUCAGCCGCUCAGAGUUCCAUUGUAGAGAACAAGAUGGAAGAGAAUGAGGGCAAGAAGGCCAAGAAGAAAAAGAAACACACCAAGGACAAAAUGGAGAAAACUGUGGAAGAGGAUAAGGAAAGCACCACGCUUUCUGAAACUAAAGAGGUAGCUGUCAUUCCCAAAAUUAAGAAGAAACGUUCCAAGGACUAUCUGGAGGAAACUGUGGGAGAGGAUGAGGAAAGUAAGGAGGUGGAUGUCAAUGGCAAAAAAAAGAAGAAACGCUCUAAGGAGAAGCAUGAGGCUGUGGUAGAAAGGCAACCAGAUGUUUCCAGUUCCAACAAGAAGGAGAGUAAAAAGAGAAAACAUUCAUACAAGGAGAAGACAUUGGGAGAAGGAAACUGCCAUUUUGAUUCUGAGGUGACAGAGGAUGAUGGGAGGACAGGCAUUAAAGAAGCUAUUACGGUAGAGGGAGGGGAAGGUGCUGUGAUACCUGAGCAGGACAUCGAGGACAAUCUUCCCAAAAAGAAGAAACAUUCUACACACAAAGAAGAGGUGUCUGUGGGAGAGGCAGGGGAGUAUAACUGUGGCUCAGAAUUAAAUGAUGCAGAGACAGUUAUCAAAAAGAAGAGGAAAACGAAGAAUGCUACAAACGUCCCAGAGUGUAAACAAGAGGAAGAGAAUAAGAUGGAGGAAGGGCAGAAAAUAAAGAAAAAGAAG